AUGGCUUCGGCAGAGGCGUCCACUUCGGCGCUGUCCGUCGACGACACGGGCGCGCGCCACCUAACGAUCCUAUACAUGACCCACACGGGCACUUCGGCCGACAUUGCCGCACGCAUUGCCCGCGAUGCCCAACGCAAGCGCUACACCGUUCACAUCUCCGACGUCGCCGACUACGACGUCACGGACCUCGUCAGCGAGUCUCUCGUGCUGUUCCUCGUCUCGACUACGGGUCAGGGCGAGUUUCCGACCGCCUCGAGGGGUUUCUGGAACUUCCUCCUCCGCAAGGGCAUCCCAGAGGAUAUUUUGGGUGAUGUGACCUUCGCCGCUUUUGGACUGGGCGACACGAGCUAUCCAAGAUUCUGCUGGCCCGUACGACUGCUGAGCCGGAGGCUGAAGGCGUUGGGCGCGGUGGAGCUGGUCGAGCACGGAGAGGGGGACGAGAUGCACUAUUUGGGGUUGGAGGGCGAGUUGGGACCGUGGGUGGAGAGGUUUUGGGGAAGGAUGGAUGAGGUGCUUCCAUUACCGGAGGGGGUGAAGGAGAUCGGCAGAAACGAGGUGCUACCUCCUGCGACAAUCGUGAGGAUAGCGGAGGGGAAGGCGGUGAAUGGCGACAGAGCGGAAGACGGGUUCUGCAGGUAUCUGGAGGAGCAAGGCUGGUCAAUGUCGAGAUUGGGCAAGAACGAACGCAUGACAGCGACGGACCACUUUCAGGACGUUCGUCUGGUCGAGUUUGUCGAUCCACCAGAGAGCACUGAGACCCUCAACGGAACCGCAUCACAACUCAAUGGCAGCAACGGGAACGCAUCGCAAGUCCACUCUGAGGACAGGAUCACAUCCAAGACCUACCGACCGGGCGACGUGCUCUGUCUGCAUCCGGUCAACGACGAGGCUUCUGUGACCGAGCUCCUAGCCCGCCUUGGACCCGACGGAACCACAUUGAUCAGCGUCUCUGGCACCACUGUCCCUCCCACCGUCCCUCAACAUCCGCACAUCAUGUCCCUCAGAGACCUCUUCACCAACCACCUCGACUUUACCGCCGUCCCCACACGCUCGUUCUUCGACCAGAUCCGUCUAUUUGCCCCCGCCGGCUCGUUGGAAAGAGAAAAGCUCGACGAAUACUGCGGCAUCUAUCCACCCGAGGAGCUCGCCAAGGGCGCCAACCCGCAAGAUGGGAUCGACGAAAUGUUCGAAUACGCCCAGAGACCGCGGAGGACGAUCAAGGAGGUGCUCGAGGAGUUCAAGUCGGUAUCCAUCCCGCUCGAGUACGUGGCGGACGUGAUUCCGUGGAUCAAGCCGAGGGAGUUCAGCAUUGCCAGUGGGCCUCCAUCGUCGACUCCAGCAAUGGUGCACUGCGGUGAAGACGGGCUCACGAGGAUCGGCUCGGCUAACGAAACACCGCACGCCAUUCAGCUCAGUGUUGCGAUCGUCAAGUACAAGACGCGGAUGCGGAAGUCGCGAACGGGUCUCUGCACGAGAUGGCUUGCGAAGCUAUCUGUCGAUACACAGGUGCCGAUCCUGCUCAAGCCGGGCUACCUUACGCUGCCACCACGAGAAGCGCCACUCAUUCUGGUCGGCCCAGGCACCGGCUGUGCUCCACUGCGCUCGCUCGUCAUGGAACGGCUGACGCAUCCCGACGGACCGCCUUCCGAGAUUCACCUUUUCCUCGGCUUCCGCUAUCGGGCCAAAGACUACCUCUUUGGCGACGAGUGGGAGACGCUGCGAGCAACGCACCGCGACAUCCUUCACAUCCAUACCGCAUUCAGCAGAGAUGGAGAGGACAAGUUGUACGUCCAGGACCUGAUCGCGAAGGAGGAGAAUAGGCAGGUGCUGUGGAAUGCGAUUGUACAGCGCAAUGCGUGGAUAGUCGUAGCGGGUGCGUCGGGCAAGAUGCCGGAGCAGGUGAGAGGGGCGGUGGAGAGGUUGGCUCGAGAGUGCGGUGGCAUGGACGAGGAACAAGCGAGCAGGUUCUUGGACAGCUUGGAAAGACAAAGGCGCUGGCAGGAAGAGUGCUGGGCGUGA